AUGGCAAAAAAGAAAGAAGAACUCCGACGAAGACGAAAACGCAAUAGAGAUAUCGAAUUUCUAAAUGAUAGUGAUGAUUUGAUUGUGGAAAUGAUUUCACGGAUGAAAAAUGCUGCUGAUGAAGACAGACAGUUACUUUCAGCUGGUCAGCCUGCAACUAAGAAACUGAGCAUGUUUAAAGAUGUUUCAGCUCUUCUCAGACGAGCAGACCUGAAAUCUGCCCUUAUUGAAAAUGGAAUGCUUUCUGCCAUAACAGAAUGGCUGUCUCCACUUCCUGGUCAUACCCUACCAAAUCUCAUCAUUCGUGAUUCCAUGUUGACCAGUCUUAGUGAAUUUCAGUCAUUGUCACCAGAGGUUCUUCAAGAGUCUGGGAUUGGAAAAGCAUUAAUGUACUUGUAUAAACAUCCAAGAGAAACACGAGAAAACAAGGAUAAGGCUGGAAGGCUUAUUAAUGAAUGGUUAAGGCCAAUAUUUAAUUUAAAAAGUGACUAUCGUACUCUAACUAAAGAAGAACGUAAACAGUUGGAUUAUGAACAUUUGCCUAAGCGAAGAAAUAUCGACAAUGAAGACUACAAUCAUCGUGAUAUAAAUCGUGAAUUAGAUGGUGAGGGAAAAGGAGUCUUAAGACCUGGAGAUCCUGGAUGGAUUAAUAGAGCUCGGGUCCCUCAGCCAUCAAACAAGGACUAUAUUGUUCGACCUAAAUGGCGUGUAAGGGAAAAUCCUAAUGGAGACGAUGAUGACGACGAAGGAAAUGAUGAUCGCACAGACGAAUCUCAAUCACUUAAUCGAAGACGCCGGAAACCAGGAUCCUCUGGCUUUGGAGCUACCUCAAGAAUCGAAGGCCAUAUACGUAAUUUAACUAACAGUGCUCGCAGGAGUCAUGCUAAAGCUGCUCGUGCUGUCCCAAUGAGCAUUGAAGGUCGUAACAUGUCUCUGUAG